AUGAACGCGACGGCGACCUACACAGGUGCAACGAGCACCUUGGCUGGAAUUAUGAGCCUCGAGUCGGAUAAAACGAACAACUUCUUGGACAAUGACCUUGACAUUUCACCGGUCACUUUGUCCUCGGCAUGGUCCAGGGUAGCAAGACUCCUGUUGUUGACCUCUAUGUCUGUCGGAGGCAGCGUGGGAAAUGUCUUCAUGAUCUCUGCGGUGGUUGUUGAGAACCAACUUAAAAAACGAGGGAACGCGUUCCUAGUGAACGUUGCAUUGGCAGAUCUAUUAGUCACAGGCGUCGUGAUACCAGUAUCAGUGAUCGUGAUCCUGGCAGGACACGAAGAGUCAUUAAGCACAUGCCGAUUCGAAUGUACUCUAGAGGCCCUCUGCUUCCUGGUCACGGUAUUAACGUUGACCACUAUUGCUGCAGAAAAUUAUACUCGUUUGUACCUACCACCCGAAAGGUACGCCGUGUUGACGACAUGCCGAGUGACAGCGGUGAUCAUCAGCGUUUGGCUGAUAUCCGUGAUGACGGUAGCCCUGCAAUCAUCGUUGGACGUUGGACCAGACUUCUGUCGCCGUCGAUUCAGCGGUAUAGCCAUGGAGCAGAUAAUCGGGGCUGCGAUUCUAGUAGGUUUGCCGACUGUAAUGACGGUCUGCCUAUACGUGAAGCUCGUGAUUCGCGUUCGACACGCCACCAGGGGUUCGUACAAGCCCCCAGUCACCUUCUCUUGGGACUACGAGCUGGCCAAGGCGAACAUGUACAGCUGCGUGAUGUUCGUGAUAUUCUGGCUACCAUUCGGCAUCACUGUGUGCGUUAACUCCUUCCAACCGAUAAGCGCUCGUAUUUUCUAUAACGUGGCCUGGUUCGCCCUCUCCAAAUCCUGCUUCAACAAUCUACUUUAUUGCGUGGCAGACCGACAUUUUCGCAGCGCUUACGUCAAGCUUUUCCAUUACUGUUGCUGCAAGACCACGGUGAGUUUCUCGAGGAGACCACGGAGGGAAGAAGGGCGAAACGCCAGCGAUGGACGUCUGAAAGUUCAUAUUAUGCAUUGCUAUGCAAGCCCAAGCCCUAUCGGCAGGUCCUAUUGGUCACACGAAGAAAGAGCUAAGAGACGCGAGGUUUAUGAGCUCUAA